AGAGGGGGUGUAUGUGUGUACAAGCGUGUGUGAGUGAGAGAGAAAGACAGAUAGAGAGAAUUUGUUUGCCGUGGUAGUGGAGGGCAAAGAGGUGGGAUGAAGGAUCUCGGAAGGGUGUUCCCUGCUGAAACAAUAAAGGUUGACUGAGGAACUCCUCAGAUAAAAAUGCAAAAUUUUCAGACACCAGGAAUACUUUUCUCCACCAGUCUGCUCACUGACCUUCGGGCGAUUUUUUAUCAAGAAGCGACCGAGUAACAUCUACUUUACAGACAAUCGCACAGGUGCCUGAAGAAAGCACUAGACCCUUGAAUCCUGGGCUGGCAGUGGUUCCAAGACCAGGCCAACACAGAAGGCCCAUGCCGCCACAAAAGACUCAGGGAGUCAAGUCUAAGGGGAAAAGAGUGGUGCUGGCUGUCCUGACAGUUGUGGUUUUAAUAGGCAUACUAGUCACAGCAGCGUACUUCAUUAAGAAGCUGAUUGACAGCAAAUACUUCUUCUGCAAUCGUUCAUUCAAGUUCAUCCCAUUAGACAAAGCCUGUGACGGGAACAACGACUGUGCAGGAGGAGAGGAUGAAAUUACUUGUCUGUCAAGUUUUAAGGCCAACACUACCUUUCCAGUGCGUCUCAUGUCGGGGAGGCAGGUCCUGCAGGUGUACAGCCGUGGCCAAGGUUGGCGGAGUGUAUGUAGCGACAACUGGACUGAAAAGCACACACUCACAGCGUGUAAACAACUGGGCUACACAUAUGAACCUCGUAACACCAUUGUCCCAGUGGACACUUUGAUAUCGUCCCUGAAAAAUGGACCAUUCACAGCUGUCAGGCCUGAAACUGCGAACACACCCAUACAUCAGGCUACCAUAGACCGCAGUGUAUGCAGAUCAGGAUCUGUGGUGUCUUUGUCCUGUUCAGACUGUGGACAGGUCCGACAGGACCGAAUUGUCGGCGGCAAAGAUGCUUUCAUUGAGGACUGGCCCUGGCAGGUUAGCCUGCAGCAAGGAGGCCAGCACACAUGUGGAGGCUCACUGGUGACACCACGUUGGGUUGUCACAGCCGCCCACUGCUUUACUAGCAGUAAAAAGGAGCUGAGUCGGUGGAGAGUGGUGUCAGGAAAGACACACAUGGGCACACUGGGAGGUUCCUAUGUGGACAGGAUCAUACUGAAUGGAGACUAUGAUCCAGCACGAAAUGACUACGAUAUUGCAAUGAUGAGACUCAGCAGCCCAAUCACUGUGGGAGAGAGUCGCAAGCCAGUUUGUCUACCUCCUAAAGCCUUUGACCUUCCGGCCAAGGCCUCCGUGUUUGUGACCGGCUGGGGAUACCUGGAGGAAAACGGUAAGGUUUCUCCAUCACUUCAGGAGGCCUCUAUCUCUCUGAUAGACCGGGCCAAGUGUUCCAGUCCAACAGUGUAUGGGAACUCCAUAACCCCGAGGAUGAUCUGUGCUGGUUUACUGGAGGGGGGAGUGGAUGCCUGCCAGGGGGACAGUGGGGGUCCCUUGGUCUACUUCACCUCCUCUAAAUGGCAUCUGGUGGGAGUGGUGAGCUGGGGCGUUGGCUGUGCUCGAGAGAGAAGGCCAGGUGUCUACUGCAAUGUUGAACAGAUGUUAAACUGGAUUUAUACAGUUGUUGAGAAAAACCCCUGAGGCCCUCCAUCAUGACGAGCAGCACAAGACUCCAGUCCAACCUCGGGCAGCCUAUGAAACUCAAAGAAGUUUGUUUCAACAG